AUGAUCACCAAUUCUAUCCCAACCCUGUGUUUGGUGGCUUUUAUCAAAAUCCAAAUUACGGACUUCGACCUGUCCACAACAAUAACGCACGUCGUCAAGACUAGCCAGGAGCAAGGUUCUGGCUAUAGUACUACUGAACCAGUUGCAAUUUUAGGAAAACCAUUGGUAGUAUCAAUGAUUGAAUUCAAUCCGGCAGGAAUGGAUAUCAAUACAAGAUCAGAAAUUCCCGCGCAGAAACAGUGUGUGCAGGACUGUCAAUCAUCUUCAUCAUACAGCCCAGUCUGUGGCACCAAUAAUGUCACAUAUUUUAACAAGGAGAAGUUCUUAUGUGCACAAAAGUGUGGAAUCAAUGUUUCUAUUUCAAAACUGGGCGCAUGCAGU